GCUUCUCCGGCGGAAAUGAAUCACGGAGCUGACGAAGCGCGGAGCGCGGGGCUCGUAUAUAAAGCAGAGACCGCGGAGGAGCAGAAGCAGGUGAGGUCCAGUCUGAGUGAAGCCCCAGCGGAAGGAGUGGCUAAAAGGACUCCCUCCUCAGCAUCUUCGACCAUGGUGAAGCUCGACAGGUGGGCUCUGGCAGUGGUCCUCGUUUCAGUACUGGCCGCGUACCGACCGGCAGGGGCCUGGUACAAACAAGCCGCCGGGCCCACUUACUACUCAGUGGGCAGAGCGUCCGGUCUGCUGUCCGGAAUCCGCCGCUCACCGUUCAGGAGAGCCGAGCUGGACACGCAGGAGAGCAGAGAGUCCUCCGAAAACGAGCUGCACUCAGACGUUUACCUGCACCGCAGCUCUGCCCUGACAAACAUGAACUUGUGUGUCAAAGACGUGUCGCCGAACCUGAAGAGCUGCGAGCUUGUCCGGCACCCGAGAGACGCGUUCCGCUGCGAAGCGACCGUGUUCAUCUCGCUGGACUCCACGGAGUGCGUGGACGCCUGAGGGGCAGCAGCGUCACCAGGAGUCUCCCUCCCCGUCACCUCGGGCCAAGCCGCUGCAGCCUGUCCGUCAUUUUAUCUGUCCAGCUGUUCUGGUCUGCAGACGGCUUGUCCACUCGGCUGCUGUACUAAUUGGAACCGACUCCUUUGAGCAAAACUUUGGGUUUAUACUGUAGAACCGAGCCACACUGUUUUAUGUACACACUGACCUUCUCGUGUUUUCAGUGACAUAAAACUAGUUUGGCUGCUGACGUUUAUUAAAUGAUUCACAUAUGAUGGUCCUGUACACCUUUACAGCUUUCAAAUGCUCUGAUAUGAUAAAGCUGCAGGACACUGAGAGGACAAUUAUUCAGCAUCUUGGAAAGUCUAGAUCAAAUCUCAAGCCCAGAUAAUUUGACCAUAAAAAAAUAAUCAUGUGAUUGAUUAAUUACAGUAUAACAUCUGUUCAUUGCAUUCUUGAAAUAUUGAAUAAAU